CCGCGGUCCAGGUGCUCCAGCCAACCGUGUUCUCAGCCGUUCAUCAGAAGAAGACAGUGGCCCGGAGGAAAGUGUGCGUGUGGGGUAUCGCGAUCACAGACGGGUCAUUGUUCUGAUUUAACCGCUGCCUCCUCGCGAUCACCUCGCCCUCAGUCUUCACUCGCAUCCCAUGGGCUUGGAAAACCCCGUGCUUCCGAGAUACAGCUGAACUCCCUAGGCUCAUAAUGUUCAAGAAGAGCAAGAGCAAAGUUCUGGUGGAUGAAGCGUCAGAGGAGGAGGAAGACGUGUCGUGGCAUCACGAGCACGCGAGGAAGGAUAAAGACUCUGAGGGAACAGAGGAAGUUCUGAGUCCCUCGACAAAGGAUUCAAAACUAAAGAAGGUUAAAUCAAAGCGAGAAAAAGGAGACAAGAAGUUGUUUCCAUCUCAGGACGAUGAACACAUCUUGCUGACAGGAGUCACGGUCUCUCACAGAAGAGGGUCUGCUAAGAAAAACUGGGAGGACGACAAGAGUAAAGUGCACCCAGAAAAAGACAAAGCACACUGUCUGUGGGACAGCAUCACAAUGACGAUGAAGCAAAUCACACCCACAAAGAAGAUCGACAAGAUUGAGGGCUGGGAACCUCCUCAGCUGAACGACGGAUUGGAGGAGGAAAACAAGGAGCCAGAGAAGAAGAGGAGCGACUCGUCCCCGCUGUCCUCCCCUCUGACACUGUCUCUGCCUCAUUCUCUGGGUCUGCCGUCCUGGGUCGGUUUGGGUUCGGAGGAGGACUCGUCUCGUUACGCUAGUCUGACUGAAUCACAGACGGGUGGCCCUGCCCAGUGGGCGGCUCGGGCGCGAGAUAAAUUAGCAGCCGUUCGUCGCCGAAGUCCGGCCAGCCUAUCAGAAAAUAAUUGGGAGGGGCUAAAAUGAUUUACAUAUUAAUGUCUGUGAGGAUGGCCAACCAACUCUAAUUGGACAGCCCACCUAUGUGAAGAUGUGAAGAGUAGGACCCUCAGACCAAGAGUGCCUGCGUCAAUGAUUUAUUGUCACUUUUUCAUUUGAUAUAAAAUGCGUGUCCAACUUUUGAAUGGAGCUCCUUUGGAAAAAUCACUGGAUGUACUCAGUUAAUAACCACCCAUUACCUUUAAAGGCUAUAAAAGACAUUUAAACACUCAAAGGGAGAGUUCAACCAAAAACGAAAAUCAUUUAUUCAAUCUCAUUCCAAACCUUUUUAAUGUUCUUUAAACCUGUCACGUUGAACACAAAAGAUGAAGAAUAGCAGAAUGUCCCAAGAACCAUAAACCUCAGUCAGACGCCAUAUUGAAUUUAAUGCAGAUGAUGAUGUGGCUGUGAGGGAUAGACUUUGCAGUCUUUACAAUGGUAUGUACUGUAUAAAGGUCCUAAUCGCAUUAAUUUC